AUGAACGGUACGGAGGGUGCCGACUUCUAUGUGCCUGUGUCCAACGCGUCGGGUGUGGUGCGCAGCCCGUACGAGCACACGCAGUACUACCUGGCGGAAUCCUGGGUGUUCGGACUCCUGGCCACCUACACCUGCUUCCUAACGGCCACCGCCGUGUGCGGCAACCUGCUGAUGCUCCGCGUCACCGUGGAGCACGAGGAGCUCCGCACGCCCGUCAACUACAUCCUGCUGAACCUGGCCGUGGCCAACAUCGCCGCGGCGACGUGCGGCUACCCGGCCGCUGCCCUCUCUGCCUUUGGUGGGUACCUCUACCUGGGGCAGGCGGGCUGCAACUUUGAGGGCUUCUACUGCACGCUGGGCGGGCAGGUGUCGCUCUGGUCGCUGGCCGCCCUGCUCGGUGAGCGGGCGCUGGUUGCCCGCCGGCCGGCGGUGAAGCGGAGGGUCCGGCGGCGGCUGGCGGUGGGCGGCGUGGGCGUGGCCUGGCUCAUGGCCUUUUCAGCUGCGCUUCCGCCCCUGCUCGAGAUCUCGCGCUACAUCCCGGAGGGUCUCCAGUGCUCAUGCGGCGUGGACGUCUACACCAACAAGCCUGGGCUAGAGAACGAGGCGUACGUCCUGUACCUGUUCACCCUGCACCUGGCCGUUCCGCUGAGCGCCAUCGCGGUCUGCUCGGUCCCGUCAGUGCUGGUGCUGUUAACGCAGCAGGAGGAGGAGGAAGGAGAGACCACCCGCACGGCCCUGACCCUCACUGCCGUCUUCCUCGCCUGCUGGACGCCCUACGCUGCCACGACCUGGCACGUCUUCACGCACCACGGCGACGCCUUCAGCCCAGUCGCCUUGACGAUCACGGCCUUCCUGGCCAAGAGCUCCGUGCUCUGGGGCCCCCUGAUCUGCAUCUGCAUGUGCAAGCGCUUCCGCAAGUGUGCGAGGCGCACGGUGCACAAGCUUCGCACGGGGAAGGAGCUGGAGGACGAGGUUGGCUCCGCCUCCGCGGGGCCCUGA